UUUAUGACCGUCGUCGUUCUGGCCGGCAUUUUCGACGCGUCGUGUCGGUUGAGGUGCUAAUUCUCAGCAUCGGAUAUGGAUUCGGGUUUGGCUUUGGUUUUGGUUUCGGUUUCGAUUUCAGCUUGAGCAAUAUUCCGCAAAGUCAGUUGGCUGACGACCGUGAUCGCGAUAACAACACUUUCACCCACCAGAACGGAUUGCAAUGGCCAAACCACAGCACAUUCUGCAGCUGAGUGAGGAGCAGCGGAGCAGCUUCGUCGACUCCUUCGACCGGGUGAUCAGCGACAUCGAUGGCGUCCUGUGGACCCUGGAGCACAGUGUGCCGCGUGCCGCCGACGGAUACGCCGCCCUCCAGCGGAUCGGCAAGCAGCUAACCUUCGUGACCAACAACAGUGUCCGCACGGUGGAGCAGUGCGUCAAGAGCUUCGCCAAGAUCGGGAUGCAGGUGCAGCCGGAGCAGAUUUGGCACCCGGCUCAGUCCAUCGUCAGCUACCUGCAGAGCAUCAAGUUCCAGGGCCUCAUCUACAUCAUCGCCAGCCAGCAGUUCAAGGCGGUGCUGCGCGAGGCGGGAUUCCAGCUCCUGGACGGGCCCAACGAAUUCAUCGAGGAGAGCUACGAGAGCCUGGCCAAGCACAUCUUCGGCAAAGAGCCGGUGCGCGCCGUCAUCAUCGACGUGGACUUCAACCUGACCUCCCCGAAGUUGCUGCGCGCCCAUCUGUACCUGCGCCAUCCGGAGUGCCUGCUCAUUGAGGGCGCCACCGAUCGGCUGCUGCCGGUGGCCAAGGGGGUGAACAUCAUCGGUCCGGGAGCCUUCGCCUCCAUCCUGGUGGAGGCCAGUGGCAAGCAGGCCAUUACGCUGGGCAAGCCUGGUCGCGAGCUGGGUGAUCUGAUUGUCGGGCACCUCAAGAUCGAUCAGCCCGGUCGGGUGCUCAUGAUCGGCGAUAUGUUGGCCCAGGACGUGAGCUUUGGGCGGCAGUGCGGCUUCCAAACGCUGCUGGUGCUCAGCGGUGGAUGCACCAGGGAGCAGCUGCUGGCGGAAACGGAUCCGCAGCUCAUUCCGGACUACUACGCGGACAGUGUGGCCGAUGUGGCCCAGCUGCUGGGCGAGGCGCCCAAGUCGCGUGUCUAGACGGAGUCCGGCGGAGGAGAUCGAACAAAGCUAUAUCCAUUGGCUAUGUAUCUAGUUAUGGGUACCUGGGUAACUAAAAUAGUUUAUUAUUGCUAACCAGAUCGUUUUCUGCCCCUUGUGCGAAACUUGAAUCAUAAUAAGCAAACAGAGUUGACGAACCUUGGAGUUCCAGGAAAUUGAAGCCACUGCAUCGUUGCAACCAAUUGGUCGUAAAAGAUUCAUAGAUGGGCGAUGGGCAGUGAAUAUAUACGUACAGUCUAGCUGCAGCAGUCCACGAUGUUUUAUUAUCAGAAAUGUACACAAGUUACCUAGAAAUUUAGCGAUCGCACUUUGGGCUUCCUCGCAAUUCACAAUGUAAAGAGAUUGAAAUAAAUAUAAAAUAUAUAAUGUAAAAAAACUUGAAAAUUUCGUCAAAA